AUGGGGGGGGGGGGAGCGGAGGGGGUUGGGGGGGGGGGGGAAAAAAUAAUUUAUAUACAUAAAUUGGUGGGGGGGGGGGGGGGGGGGGGGGUGGGGGGGGGGGGGGGGGAGGACAUUCGUUUUUUAAUAUCCCAUGAACCAUUCCCAACUGGGGGGGGGGAGACCUGGGGGGGGUUCCUUUGUUAUUUAGCUAAGUUAAUAGGCGGAGCGUGGGGGGGGGGGUGGGGGGGGGGGGGGGGGGGGGGGGGGCGGGGGGGGGGGGGAAGAUUGAGGCGGGGGGGGUGGGGGGGAGUGGGGGGGCUUAUACUGGGGGGAGGAGGGGGCGGGGGCUGGACAAACAAUCUCACUACUAUGUAA